GCUCGAUCGAAACGAAAAAAUUAAAAUAGGUGUUGAAGCCAACAGUGUUAACUGUGCAGUGUGGCUUGACCUUAAAAUGCUUAAAAUGUUUUCUUAGAUUCAACCCAUAAACUCACUCGGAUUUUUAAUAACACUCCAAAAGUGAAGUGCGAAAUGUGAGUACUGGGUGGCGCUGUCGCGUCAGCUGUCCGGCCCCCGUCGCCACGCCGACAGAUGUGCAAGAUGUCCCCGCGGUUUAUAUUUUACUUUUGUUUGAUUUUGUCUCUGCAAACCUUCAAUCCUUUCAUUGUAUUGAUUCGGGCAAAUGAAUCAAAUCAAGAUGUUAAAAUUGAGGUAACGUUUCUGCCAGAAAACUGCAGCCAGAAAGCCAAGAGAGGAGACAUGCUGAAUGCUCAUUAUGAUGGAUAUCUAGUUAAAGAUGGAUCUCAGUUUUACUGCAGUCGUUCGACAAACACGGGUCACCCGCACUGGUUUGUGUUAGGCGUUGGAGAAGUUAUUAAGGGCCUCGAUUUAGGGCUGAACGGCAUGUGUCCCGGGGAGAAGAGAAAAAUUACAAUUCCUCCGUCUCUGGCAUACGGCGAGAAAGGAAAAGGUCCUGUACCACCAAAUGCAACAGUGGUCUUUGAGGUGGAGCUUUUGUACAUAACCAGAGGACCACGCAGCAUAGAAGCCUUCAGAGAAAUUGACGCUGACAAUGACAAGGCACUGACAAAAGAAGAGAUUAAAGAAUACUUGAAAAUGGAAGCAAAGAAGUUAAACACACAGAAAGAUGAAUCCUAUUUUGAUGAUGUCGUGGCAGAUGUGUUCCAUAAGAAUGAUCACAAUGCUGAUGGGACCUUAUCGCUAAAGGAGUACAAUGUUUAUGGCCAUGAUGAACUAUAAACACUACUAGAAAGACAUUUUUAUGCAGGUGGUGCACUAGAUGUUCUCUACAAGAUACUCUUCAAACUGUAGAGUUGAUGAACACCACUAAAUUUUGAAUAAAGUUGACUCAGACACUAACUUGUCAUGGCAUAAUGCAAAAACAUAAAUAGUGCAUAUAAAAGUACUUUUUAAAAACUGUUCUCAAAAUGCUUCCAUUUGCUCAAAUUUAUCAACUUAGAAUGUCCUUCAAGCUAUGAAAAAAAUGUUAUUUUAAGAACUGUUCACAUAUAGGUUCUUUGGGAAACUAAAAAUGGUUCUUCUAUGGCAUUUCUGCAAAAAUCUUCUAUUUUUAGUGUAAACAGCCUUGUUUUUUGAACACAGCACACAAUGUUUAACUAUGCACAGAUUUACAAUUAGCAAUAGAACAGAAUAACCCAUAUUUACAAACACUAUUUACAACCAAACAAUUCAGACAAAUGAACUCAAGGAUUGCAUUUACAGCUCUGUUUAAAUCAUUAUCAUUUAAAAUCAUUAUCAUUCUUAACAUUGUGUAAUUUUGAAGAAAAUUACUUGGACAGUAUAUUGUAAACAAAAUGUAUUUACCAUAUGUAAAUAUACAGUCCCCUGCUGUGAGCUAAUAAAGAAGUUUCCAUGACA